ACGUACAGCCACACAAGUCUGAAAAUCGGGACAAGAAAGGUAAAAAAAGGAAGCCACGCCCCCCUCACACUCUCGUGUCCUAUGCGAAAAAUUAAAAGAAAAGACAAAAACAAAAUAUAGAAAUUCCUUCUGGUUUUGGAUUUGGCUUCACACGCACACGCUCGCACAGUGGUUGGUUGGUUUGAGUUUUGAAAUAUUGAUUAAUGCCAGGGGAGCAUAAGCACAAGGUAAAACUAAUCAUUAUUUUCCAUGAAGCGAGAGCGAAAAAAGCGAAAAAUGAAAAGAGAGAAACCAUACCUUACGAGGAAGAUGUCAUGGUCACCAAGAGGAGCACCAAUAGUAGUGGGGUUCGUUGUGAUUGCCUUAUUCAUGACCGUACCAACAGCAGCAACAACAACCUCCGACGCCUUUCUGUUGAUGCGCUUCAAGCAGUUACACGUUUCCUCCGAUCCCAAAAACUUCCUCUCCGACUGGGCGCCGUCAGCAUCAGCGUCAGCGUCAGCGUCCCCGUGCGCGUGGCGCGGCGUCUCCUGCUCCUCCGCCGAGCCCCGCAGCGUCACCGCUCUCGACCUCACCGGCGCCGCCCUCUCCGGCACCCUCCACCUCCCCACUCUUACCUCUCUCCCCUCGCUCCAAGAACUCAUCCUACGUGGCAACUCCUUCUCCUCUUUCAACUUCUCCGUUUCACCCUCCUGCGCGCUCCAAACUCUCGACCUCUCAUAUAACAACUUCUCUGGCAAGUUUCCCUUCUUAAACCUCACCCCGUGUAACCGCCUCGCUCACCUUAACCUCUCUCAUAACCUCAUCACCGGCGGGCCUGGGCCUGGCCUUUCACUGGCCCAACUCGACUUAUCCGGAAACCGUGUCUCUGACGUUAACCUUCUCUCUUCCGCUCUCGGAAGCUCCACUCUCCUUCUGCUUAACUUCUCCGACAACCAACUCGCGGGUCAACUCAGCGAAACGCUCGUUUCCAACAUCUCUACUUUGGACCUCUCUUGUAACCUUCUCUCCGGGAAGGUACCGCCUCGGCUUGUAAACGACGCCGUUCAGGUUCUCGAUUUCUCUUCCAACAAUUUCUCCUCGCUGGAUUUCGUCACGUGCAAGAGCCUCACACGGCUGAGUUUCGCGCGCAAUGCGCUCUCCGGGGACGAGUUCCCGCGCGGGUUGAGUAACUGCAACAAUCUCGAGGCUCUGGAUCUUUCUCGCAACGAGUUCGCCAUGGAGAUUCCGGCGGAAGUUCUUACGAAUUUGAAGAGUUUGAAGUCUCUGUUUCUCCAACACAACGAAUUCUCCGGCGAGAUACCGAGCGAGCUUGGAAGCCUCUGCGGAACUCUCGUCGAGCUUGAUCUCUCCGAUAACAAGCUCUCCGGCGCGUUGCCUUUGAGUUUCGCCAAGUGUUCUUCUCUGCAGAGUCUGAAGCUGGCGAAAAACUAUCUCUCUGGAGACUUCCUCGAUUCCGUCGUGAGCAAGCUUCCGAGUCUGAGGUAUCUCAACGCGGCGUUUAACAACAUAACGGGACCCGUUCCGGUGUCGCUUGUGAACUUGAAAGAGCUUCGGGUGCUGGACCUGAGUUCGAACCGGUUAAACGGCAAUGUUCCUUCGUCGUUUUGUCCUUCGGAGUUGGAGAAGAUAAUCCUGGCUGGAAACUACCUGUCGGGGACGGUGCCGUCACAGCUCGGGGAUUGUAAGAACUUGAGUAGCAUCGAUUUGAGCUUUAACAGCUUGAACGGUUCGAUACCGUGGGAGAUUUGGGCUUUGCCUAAGCUUUCCGAUUUGAUUAUGUGGGCGAACAACAUCAGUGGGGAAAUUCCCGAGGGAAUUUGUGUCAAGGGAGGGAACUUGGAGACGUUGAUUCUGAACAAUAAUUUAAUUUCCGGGUCCAUUCCUAAGUCGAUUGCGAAUUGCAGCAACAUGAUUUGGGUUUCGUUGGCGAGCAACCGGAUGACCGGGGAGAUACCGGCUGGGAUUGGGAAUCUGAACGCGCUGGCGAUUCUCCAGCUGGGGAAUAACUCGCUGAGUGGGAGGAUUCCACCGGAGAUAGGCGAGUGCAGGAGGUUGAUAUGGUUGGAUUUGAAUAGUAAUAACCUAACCGGGAGUAUCCCGUUACAGGUUGCUGAACAAGCGGGGUUAGUUAUCCCGGGGAGGGUUUCGGGGAAGCAGUUUGCGUUUGUGAGGAACGAGGGUGGUACUAGUUGCAGGGGUGCUGGUGGGUUGGUUGAGUUUGAGGAUAUUAGGACGGAGAGGCUUGAAGGUUUUCCCAUGGUGCAUUCGUGCCCGUCGACGCGGAUUUACUCCGGUUGGACCGUCUACACCUUUGCCUCCAAUGGCAGCAUGAUCUACCUUGACCUUUCCUACAACAUGUUGUCUGGGACCAUUCCUCAGAAUUUGGGUGGGAUGGCCUAUUUGCAGGUGUUGAAUUUGGGGCACAAUAGGUUAACCGGGAGCAUUCCUGAGAGUUUUGGUGGUUUGAAAGCAAUAGGAGUGCUUGAUCUGUCUCACAAUAGCCUUCAUGGCUUCAUCCCUGGGUCAUUGGAGAGUCUUUCUUUUCUCAGCGACCUUGAUGUGUCUAACAACAACCUUACUGGGGUGAUUCCCUCUGGAGGUCAGUUAACUACUUUCCCUGCCGCCAGAUAUGAGAACAAUUCUGGCCUUUGCGGCGUGCCAUUGCCAGCCUGUGGCAGUUCGAGUCGCUCGGUCGGUGCUGGGGUUUGGAAGAAGAAACAGCCUGUUGCAGCUGGGGUUGUCAUUGGACUGCUUUGCUUUCUCUUGUUUGCGCUUGGGAUUGUGCUGGCUUUGUACCGUGUGAGGAAGGUUCAGCAAAAGGAGGAGAAGAGGGAGAAGUAUAUAGAGAGUCUUCCGACUUCUGGGAGCAGCAGUUGGAAGAUUUCCAGCUUUCCUGAGCCUCUGAGCAUCAAUGUUGCCACCUUUGAGAAGCCUCUGAGGAAGUUGACCUUUGCACAUCUUCUCGAGGCUACUAACGGCUUCAGCGCUGAGAGCUUGAUAGGUUCUGGGGGGUUUGGUGAAGUGUACAAAGCUAAGCUGAAGGAUGGUUGUGUUGUUGCUAUCAAGAAGCUCAUUCAUGUGACGGGUCAGGGAGAUAGGGAGUUCAUGGCUGAGAUGGAAACUAUUGGGAAGAUUAAACAUAGGAACCUGGUUCAGCUGCUGGGCUACUGUAAAGUUGGAGAGGAGAGGCUUCUUGUGUAUGAGUUCAUGAGAUGGGGAAGUCUUGAGGCUGUUCUACAUGACAGGGCCAGAGGAGGGGGCUCAAAGCUUGAUUGGACUGCAAGGAAGAAGAUUGCCAUAGGGUCAGCUAGAGGUCUUGCAUUUCUUCACCAUAGUUGCAUUCCUCACAUUAUUCACCGUGACAUGAAGUCCAGCAACAUUCUUCUUGAUGAAAAUUUUGAGGCCAGAGUUUCUGAUUUUGGCAUGGCAAGAUUGGUUAAUGCCCUUGACACUCAUCUCACGGUCAGCACACUUGCCGGAACACCAGGUUAUGUACCUCCUGAGUACUACCAAAGUUUUAGAUGUACAGCAAAAGGGGAUGUUUACAGCUAUGGUGUUAUACUGCUAGAGCUUCUAUCAGGGAAGAGACCGAUUGACUCUUCCGAGUUUGGUGAUGACAACAAUCUUGUUGGAUGGUCUAAGAAGCUUUAUAAAGAGAAAAGAAUUAAUGAAAUACUGGAUCCUGACUUGAUUAUGCAAACUUCUGGAGAAAGUGAACUAUUGCAAUACUUGAGAAUUGCUUUCGAAUGUCUAGAUGAGAGACCCUACCGGCGGCCGACCAUGAUACAAGUGAUGGCCAUGUUUAAAGAGCUUCAGGGUGAUGCAGAUAAUGAUAUGCUUGAUAGCUUCUCUCUGAGAGACACUGUUAUUGAUGAAGCAUAGGAAGAAGAUCUUUACAUUUGGAGUGUUGUAACAUCUGGUGACACUGAUCUAUCCUAUCUGAAAUUGGAGAAGGGUUUUUUCUCCUGUUUUUUUGCUGUAUAUAAUACACUGAAUGAGACCAAGAGAUCAAAGGCAAUCAUGAACUGAAUGGAAGGUUGAGUCUUGAGGUUACAGACAGAGUUCUAUGUUUUUUUCCUGCAGAUCUAGUGUUCAGUCACUAAAAAUUGGUAGAUUCAUAUAUCUCUUCCUAAGAACUUCUGUCACUCAAUUACAACCCCACAUUUGCUGUUGACUUCAUUAUUUGGUUUGUCAUUUCCGUUGGGUUCUGAUACUACCACAGUUUUGCUCAUUUUGUGUUUUGGUUCGUAUUGCAACUGCCAAUUUUUAUUGUUUGUAGAAACCUAGAGUCUGGUGUAAAUAUAAAUGAAAUCUACAAUAGUUUUAUCAUUUUUGGUUC